AUGUCGUCAGUUGAAGCGUUGCUUCCCCCGGUAGACGCAAAGGUCCCCGGCGAUAUGGGCAGCAGAAGCCAGAGCGCACCCGGCGUGGUCCCCGGUGGGACGGUUUCGACCGGGAAGAGGAGCGACUAUAAGGGUUUUGUAGCAGGUGUGUUUUCGGGGAUUGCAAAGUUGAGUGGGCCCUUGGAUUGUGUGCUACAGACGGUACGGAAGGAGGGUGUGAGUGGGCUGUACAAGGGAGCCACGCCACCGCUGGUCGGUUGGAUGGUCAUGGACUCUGUCAUGCUCGGUUCCCUGACGCUGUACCGACGACUACUGCUCGAGAACGUCUUUUCGAGACCCGCUAUUAGGUCUCUCACGCCUUUUGCGAGUUAUCAACCUGAUCCCAAAACGCUCCCCAGUUUUGGACAUGGGAUAGCCGGUAUCCUGGCCGGUACGACUGUCAGCUUCGUAGCGGCUCCGGUGGAGCAUAUCAAGGCGCGGCUGCAGAUUCAGUAUGCGGCGGAUAAGUCAAAACGAAUGUACAGCGGGCCGAUCGAUUGUUUAACAAAGCUGCUGCGCGCUCACGGUAUCGCAGGGGUAUACCGCGGCCUCUGCGCGACCAUCCUCUUCCGAUCAUUUUUCUUCUUCUGGUGGGGCUCCUACGACGUCCUGACGCGAUGGAUGAAAAACAACACCGCGAUGUCGGCGCCAGUAAUUAAUUUCUGGGCCGGGGGUAUAUCAGCUCAAAUCUUCUGGCUGACCUCGUACCCGUCCGAUGUGGUCAAGCAGCGACUGAUGACAGACCCGAUGGGCGGAUCGCUUGGUGAUGGGGAGAGAAAGUUCUACCGGUGGAAAGAUGCUGCCAGGGCGGUUUAUCUGGAGCGAGGGUGGAGAGGGUACUGGAGGGGUUUUGUGCCCUGCUUCUUACGAGCAUUCCCGGCGAAUGCGAUGGCUUUGGUUGCAUUUGAGGGUGUGAUGCGGUCGCUGCCGUGA